AUGGCUCUUAAGUAUAGCAACAAGCUUGCUGGCAAACGCGUUCUUGUUAUUGGUGGCACAUCUGGCAUUGGCUUCAGCGUCGCAGAAGCAUGCGUUGAACUUGGAGCCGUUGUUACGGUGGCUAGCUCGAGGCAACCGAAAAUUGACAAAACAAUUACACGUCUGAUCACGACCUACCCAGACGCGAACGACCGCAUUUCCGGACAUGUGGUGGAUCUGGCAAGUUCCGAUGUCGAAGCCGCAUUGAGAACACUCCUUGACUUCGCAACGGGUGCAGGCAAGCAUACGCUCGAUCAUAUCGUGAGCACAGCUGGUGACACAUUGGCGGUCGAGAAAAUCGCCAAUGUGACAGCAGCACAGGCCCAGCAAUAUGGCCAGGUUCGUUUCAUAGGCCAACUGAUGCUUGCUAAACUGGCACCACACUAUAUUCAACGCAGCAGCGCGUCCAGCAUCACUUUCACGGGAGGCAUCAGUAGCACGAAGCCACCACCAGGUUGGAGUGCAUUGGUCGGGUGGAAUAAUGCAAAGGAGGCUAUGGUUAGGGGGCUCGCGGUCGAUCUGGCGCCACUGAGGUGCAACCUGGUUGCUCCUGGGGCGAUAGAUACGGAAUAUCUAUACCACAUGGCUGGUGAUGAUGCGGCCAGGAACAAGGAAUUGGUAGCCAUGUUUGGUAGUAAGAGUUUGCUGGGGAAGUGUGGGAAACCCGAAGAUACAGCUGAGGCGUACUUGUACCUUAUGCGCGACACUUUCAUUACUGGCCAAGUGAUAAAGACUGAGGGGGGAUAUCUGUUGACUUGA